AUGUGCAUAGGCAGGAACUAUGCGGAUCACAUCAAGGAGCUGUCUAGUGCUACACCCAAGCAGCCUUUCUUCUUCCUGAAGCCACCAUCGUCUAUCUUGCUGCCAGGCGCUGGCCCAGUUCUACGGCCUCGUGGUGUGAACAUGCACUAUGAAGUUGAACUCGGUCUUAUCAUGGGCAAAACAAUAAGGGACCUGCAUCCUGAGGAUACCAAGGGUGCUAUGGAUGCUAUUGAAGGCUACAUCCUCGCUAUCGACAUGACCGCGCGUAAUGUGCAGGACGAGGCGAAGAGGAAAGGCCUUCCAUGGUCCAUUGCGAAGGGUUUCGACACAUUCAUGCCCAUCAGCAACUUCAUCGCGAAGAACCGGAUCCCGGACCCACAGAAAGCACACCUUUGGCUUUCAGUCAACAACGAGAUGAAGCAAUCCGACAAUACUGAAUUGAUGCUUUUCCGAAUUCCAAGACAACUGAGUGACAUUAGUAGGGUCAUGACGCUGGAGAAGGGCGAUAUUGUACUCACGGGAACGCCGAAGGGUGUUGGUCCAGUGAAGACAGGUGACAUUAUGCGCGCAGGAAUCAAGGUGGAUGGUAAAGACAUCGAAGAGGCGAAUCUGGAAGUACCAGUCGCGGAUCGCGAGGGGUUGUACGAGUUCAGCGAGACAUAG